AUGGAGAUUGUUCCUUAUAUCCCUGAAUGUCGAUGCGCAAAGGUCAUUAAGAUUUUGAAAGAAGAUGUCACAGAGGAGGUAGAGUAUUGGAAACAUUCUAUUGUUGGGUAUUUGAUGGGUAAACAUCCUUAUUUUCCACACUUCAAUGAUUUCCUCAAACGAAUUUGGAAGACUGCAGGGAAUUUUAAGUUAAUUUCUUUACCAAAAGGUUUUUUCAUGGUGCGAUUUGACAAUGCCAAUGCUACUAAUAGUAUUCUUCAGCGUAUCCACACAUAUCAGGGAAGACCAAUGAUACUUAAGCGCUGGGAUAAGAAUGUGAAUCUUGAGAAGGAGGUUCUUGGUUCUAUCCCUAUUUGGGUUCGCUUGUUUAAUCUCCCUAUGUAUUGUCGUGGGAAAUUGUCUAUUGCUAGGGUGUGCUCUCAAUUCUCGAUUCCAUUAUAUCCUGAUAAAGCUACAUUAACUCGGGAGAGAGAAGGAUUUGUUAAAGUUGUGGUUGAAGUGGAUGUUCAUGAUGAACUUCCUGAAGUUGUAAAUAUUGAUAUUCAUGGAAUUGAUUGUGAGGUUUAUAUUGAAUAUGACUGGAAACCUCAAUUGUGUAGGAAAUGUAAUGGUUUCAAUCAUUCGGAAGCAGAGAUUACUGACAUAGGGAAAUCUGUUCCUGCGGCAAAUGAGAGCUCUUUCGUGGAGAAUUUGAACUCUCUAUCUAAGGAAGUUGAUAAAGCAGAGACAAAUGUAUCUCCUGAUGACACAGUGGGUGCCUUAAUUAUUGUUCAAGAAGAGAUUGGUUUGGAGAAUGUUAAAUGUGAGGGAUCGGUUCCUCUUGAAGUUUCCCCUCUUAAAACUUUACGGCAAUCUGAUUCUCUCAAUGUGAGCACUCUUCAAGAGAGUAAUCCUUCACUCCAGAAACUUGACACUGGCAAACAAGUUUUGAUACCACAAGACCGUUCUCCUUUAACUAAAAAUCAAAAGAAAAAGCUGCGAAAAAAGGAAGCUGAUAUGGAAGCUAGUUCACGAAUCACUCGAGUGGAGACUAGGGUUCAAAGUUCAAAAUUUGUUCGAAUUAGUAGUAGAAUAAGGGCUAAUUGGCAGUUGUGUCACAAUUAUGAUGCUGUUUAUGGAGGCCGGAUAUGGUGUGGUUGGAAUCCUACAAUUUUUGAGGUUCAAAUCAUGGAAGUUAAGGCUCAGGUCAUUCUGUUAAAGGUUAAAAUUAGAAAUACAGGGCUUUUCUUUUGGAUGAGUGGUGUUUAUGGUGAGAAUACAGUUGAAAAGAGGAGAGAUCUCUGGAAGUACCUUACUGAUAUGUCUAAUUUUAUUUCUGGUCCUUGGCUUCUUCUUGGGGAUUGGAAUGUUGUUCGGAGUAAUGGAGAUAAAUUAAGGGGGGAAGAAUAUUCCUGGGAGGGUGCUAAAGGAAGUUAA